AUGAUUCACCUAUGGCUUGCCACGUCCGCCUUCUACUCCGCUGCCCCUCUCCCGGCCUGCCGGUCGCCUCGCAUCCGCGUAGUCCGGCUCGACCACGGCGACAUCGAGGUGCUCUCGUGGCGCGAGUUGCAGCGCGCUUGCGUCGCCGAGGGCCUGCCUGCGCGAGGCAAGGCGGUGGAGCUGAGAGAGCGGCUGCGGCAGGUGGAGGCGCUCCGCCGGGACAGCCGCACGAUGCGCGACCGCGAGGAGCGGCGCGAGCGCGACCGCUUCGACGCCGCGGCCGGCGCCAUCGAGGUGCUGCAGCAGGAGGCGAGGGCCGAGCAGGCGCAGCUCGCCGCGGAGCUGCGGCAGCUGGAGGAGGCUCCGGAGGAGGAGCCGCCGCCGCGGGCCGAGCUGCGCUCCGACGCCGCCGCGCGACGCUUUGAGGACCUCAAAGCGCGCGGCGAGGCUGAGGUGCGCAGGCGAGAGCAGCGGAGGAGGCUGUUGUCCGAAGGCGGUGCGCGGGUGUCUCAGGGCGCGGAACGGCGGCGGAGGCUCUCCGCGGGCACGGCGGCGAGGCCGGAGGAGGCGGGCGGGGUAGAGGAGGAGGCGGUCGGAGGGCGGGAUCGCCUGCUGCCCGCCGAAGCGACGGAGGAGGAGGUGUCGGCGGCGCAGACUCUUUCUCCGGCGGUCGGCUCGGCGGGCGGCCUCGCCGACGGCGUAGCAGGCGUGGUCAGCUGCUUGGGGAACGCCUCCGACUCGCUGCCGCGGUACUGUGAACAAUACGAGUCCGUCUGGGCGGCAGCCGCCGCAAACUCUGCCGCACAGCCAAGCCCGCGGAUGCUAAACACUCGCAUCGCGAGCGCACCCAGCGCGCGCGAGGUGCUGCGGCUGCACGCGGAGUUUGGGUCGACCUUCAACGAGGAGGGCGUCGUGGCGCGCCUCUUUCAGCGAGAGCCAGCUCUGCUCGCGCCGCUGCGGCUGCAGACCACGGGUUCGCUGCUGCUGCUGCGGCGGCGGUGGGGCGCGCGCGCGGUGGCGAGCACCGCCCACUCCCUCGCCUUGCUCAGCGAUGCGAUCGGAAUGGUUGCCAAUGUCGCGUGGGCCUUUGCGGCGGCAGACCACCGCACCGCGCCGGCCCUCUUCGACGAGGGCUUCGGCCGGCACGUCGAGAGCUUGGGCGGCGGCUUCAACGACGGCUCGCUCGUCCAGCUGCACCAGUGGGCGUUGUGGCUGGAGCGUGAGUGCGGCCGGGCUGACGGGCUUCCGAGCGAGCAGCUGCGCGCGCGGUUCCACGCCGCCUUUGCCAGCCGAGGCGGCCGCCCGUCGCGGCUACACAAGGAGGUGCUGAGCGCGCUCGCCUCGCUCCGGCUCGAGCCGGCGGAGCACCUGCAGACCGACGAGGGGUACACGCUCGACCUCGUCGUCGAGUGGCGGGGCGAGAGGGCUGCCGUCGUGGUUGCCGUCAUGGUCGACGCGCCGUGGCACUUUCACAACCGGCAGCCGACCGGCCAUACGCUGCUUCGGCGGCGGCAGCUGCGCCACUUCGGCUGGCGCGUGCUGCCGCUGCCCCAUUGGGAGUGGAGCACGCUCUACCACUCGGCCGUCGCCGACGACGCGCCGCCGCAGAGAAGGAUGCAAACCUACCUGCUGUACGCGCUCGAGCAGCGCGUCAUCUGA